CUGAACUCCCAACUAAAAUGGCAAAACUUAAACCCCAGAACCCCCACCUCCCGCCCCUCAAAUCCUCCAACAACCAGUAGAAAGCAAUGGCCAGCUCUCUUUCAGAUCCUUUCUAACUUUUUUUUCUUUUGUUUCAGCAUAUUUAUCCGCUUCAAGUCUUUGUUUUUCUAUCAAAGGAAAGGGUUGCUUCUUUGGAUUAUACUUAGCACCUUAUAAUUUUAAGAUUUUGGGUGAUCUAGUGUCUGGGUUCUUCUAGUUAUUCAAGAUUGUGCACCUGGUUCUAUUUUCAAUAUUUGGGUGUCAUGCUUCUGUGGACUUGUUGAUGAUGAUUCCUUGAAGAAAUGUUUUUGGUAUCUGGUUAUAUUUUGUUUGAUGAAAGUCGUCUUAGUGUUUUUGUGCAUUGGCUGGAUUCAUGGUUCUGGGAUUCUCCGUUUUGUUGAAACGGGUGAAAAGGAUUUGGUUACAUUGGUGUCUUAUGGGUGAGAAGAUACUGGAACAUGUUACCUCUGCGACCAAUUCGCAGAAUCUGUCAUGCUGCUGCUGUCGCCCCCGCUGCCAUUGCGUCGAAAACUAGUACUUCUGUAGCUUGCUCAAAGCAGACACCAAAGGCAUUACCUUUACAAGAAAGUGCCCUUUCCAAACUGAAAGCUGAAAGGGACCCUGAUAAGCUAUUUGCUUUAUUCAAGGCUAAUGCCCACAAUAAAGUUGUCAUCGAAAACAAGUUUGUGUUUGAAGAUAUAGUUGAUCGAUUAGCUGGGGCACGUCGCUUUGAUUACAUUGAGCAUUUACUCGAGCACCAGAAAACUCUUCCUCAGGGAAGGCGAGAAGGCUUCAUUAUGAGGAUUAUAAUGUUGUAUGGUAAGGCUAGGAUGGUAAAGCAUGCUAUUGAUACUUUUUAUGAUAUGCACUUGUAUGGAUGUAAGAGAACUGUUAAAUCUUUCAAUGCUGCGCUUAUGGUUAUGAUUCAGACUCAUGAUAUAAGAGCUAUCGAGGAGUUUGUUACCAAUGCAAAAUCAAAAUUUGAUAUUGAAUUGGAUGCAUAUACAAUCAAUAUAGUUACCAAAGCAUUGUGUGAAAUGGAUUCCCUGGAUAGCGCAUAUUUGGUCAUGGGACAGACGGAAAAGCUGGGAAUAAAUCCAGAUGUUAUUACCUACACAACUCUUAUAUCAGCAUCUUAUAAGAAAAACCGGUGCGAGAUUGGGAAUGGGUUGUGGAAUCUUAUGGUGUAUAAGGGGUGCAGACCUAAUCUUGCAACUUUUAAUGUUAGGGUCCAGUAUUUGAUUAAUAGGAGGCGGGCAUGGCAAGCAAAUGAUACAAUGCGUUUAAUGCAGAAAACUGGGAUAGACCCUGAUGAGGUCACAUACAAUUUGGUAAUCAAAGGUUUUUGCCAGGCCGGUUAUCUUGAAAUGGCUAAAAGGGUUUAUUCUUCUCUAGAAUGUUGUAGUGAAUACAAGAUCAAUGUUAAGAUUUUUCAGACCAUGAUUCAUUAUCUCUGCAAGGGAGGGGAGUACAAUUUGGCCUAUACAAGGUGUAAAGACUGCAUGAGCAAGAAAUGGUUUCCAAAUGUGGAUACUAUUCAUUCAUUGCUUCAAGGCCUUGUGAAAAAUGGGCAACUGGGUAAGGCUAAGAUGAUAAUGACAUUGGUUAGAAGUCGGAUACCGCCUUUUUCCUCAACUCAAUUGUAUUCUUUGCAAUUGGUUUUAAUGAAGCUUAAAUCAGGAUGAUGACUUGAAAAAGGGCCAGUUUGAUUGAAGUAUAAACACAGAUUAAAAAUAUUUUGAUAAUUUCUUUUACUCCAUGCAGUUGUAGUUUCACAGAACUAAUUGAAGAUAUAAUUUCUUUCUGUUAAUAUCAAAGCAAGGGCAGUUUCCAUUUUCAUUUCAAUUAAUUUGUUGUACCACCUCAAUAAGUCCGUGAUGAAUGAGAA